CCCCCCCCCAUCCCCCAUAGGGAGAGAAGAACCAGGGAUUCGAUGUCCUUUAUCACAACAUGAAACAUGGGCAAAUCUCGGCCAAGGAGCUGGCGGACUUUGUGCGGGAAAGGGCGGCUGUGGAGGAGGCCUAUGCCAAGUCCAUGGUCAAGAUGUCCAAGAUGGCCGGCAACAGCACGCAGCUGGGGACUUUUGCUCCCCUCUGGGAAGUCUUCCGCAUCUCCUCGGACAAGCUGGCACUGUGCCACGCUGAGCUGGUGAAGAAGCUGCAGGAUCUCAUCAAGGAGAUUGGCCGCUAUGGGGAGGAGCAGCUACGAGCCCACAGAAAGUCGAAGGACGAGGUGGCUGGGACCCUGGAGGCCGUCCAGCAGCUUCAGGGGGCUGCCCAGCACCUGCCUAAGGCCAAGGAGGCCUUCCACAGCCGAUGCCAGGAGCUGGAGAGGCUACGCAGGGAGGGGGCCAGCCAGAAGGAGAUGGACAAGGCAGAGCUGAAGUCCCGAAAGGCCGUGGACGCUCUGCGGCGCACCGUGGAGAAGUACAACGUGGCCCGGGCUGACUUUGAGCAGAAGAUGCUGGACUCGGCCGUGCGGUUUCAGGAGGUGGAGGAGUCGCACCUGCAGCACCUGAAGUCCCUGGUCGGCUCCUACAUCCACUCAGUGGAGGACACCCACGUCCAGAUUGGGCAGGUGCAGGAGGAAUUCAAGCAGAACAUGGAGAACAUCGGGGUGGAGACGCUGCUACGCAACUUUGCCGAGAGCAAGGGCACCGGCUGCCACCCGCCAGGGCCCCUGGAUCUGGAGGAACUGAGCAUGAUGUCCUCCUCGCAGGAAGGGCCCAAGCGCAGCCGCAGCAAAGCCUUCCGCAUUCCCGGACUCGGGCGCAAGGAGCGCGGGCGGGACUUGGGGGAGUCUCCGGAGGCGGAUUCGGGGCCCCCCGAGGUGGACGAGGAAGGCUUCACUGUCCGGCCCGAAAUGAACCAGAACGGCGAACACAGCAGCCGCUUCUGCUCGUCCAGCGACUCAGAUUACGACGAUGAGGACCCCCCCAAAUUCUAUAUCCGGAUCAAGCCCAUCCCGCCGCCCGAGCGAGUGGGCAGUGCCGCCACCUCGGCCGCCACAGGAGCAGCUGAAGGCCUCAGUGGGCAGCCUCAUCCUGCCGCCCUGCGUGGGGGGCACCAUGAAGAGACACUCCUCCAGGCACUUGAAAACCUUCCCUUCGGCUGCUGCGGUGCCCACCGACUCUGGCCCGGCCCCAGGCGCAGGAGAGCGAGGUGGUAGACCAGGGAGCGCUGCGACCCCCAACCUGGUGCCCCGGAUGAGCAGCUGUGACGGGCAAAGCAAGCCUGAGGCCCUUCCUGCCAGCGCCUUGUUUGGGCCCCCCCUGGAGUCGGCCUUUGAAAAUGAAGC